UCUCUCCAUCGCAUUAUUUCUCGCGUCAUGCAAUGGGCCCUCUUCGGGAAUAAAACCAAAGCUCUCCUAUCUUCUCAUCACUCGACUGAGUCUUUUCACCUCCGGCAAAUCCGGAUCCCCUACUUAAUCCCUUCUUCUUCGUCUCUCGUCUAUUUCUCCUCCCAUGGUCUUUGGCUCGUUCGUUCGUCUUCUAUCUCUCUUCUCGAGCUCUUUUUCUCGCUCGUGUUUAAAGGAGAGAAGAGGGCAAAAUAGGAAGCUUUUCAAAAAACCUUAGUGAUAUCCCUUUCCCCACCGGUUUUUAGGUGAUAGGCGUGUGCAUUUGGUUAACUUAGUGUGUCUCGGAGGAUUUUUUUUUCUUGUAGAUCUCGGCGUAGAAAGGUGGCGCUUUUAAGACGUGGGUUUUUAGCAGAUCUCUCAAUAAGGUUUUUUCCACGGUUUUUCUUCCCGUGUUUGCGUCUUUUCUGUGUUCCUUCGAUGCUCUCCGAUCUGCGGCGCGUGCUCACUUCAUCUCGCGUCUAGGCCUGGUUAUCUGGAUGCUAAAAGUGGAAUCUUGGUGCUAGAUUCCCCUGAAAAAUCUCUUUUUGCGAUCUGGGAGUUGUGGAGAUGGCGAACGGUUCGGCUAGAGAUGGAGUCUUUCUGUUCCCGGAGGAAGAGGUGAGCGAGAUAAGCGGGUUGAAGAAAGGAUUGGACUUUGUCGAGGUGAUGUGCGGUUGCACGAGCCAUCGCUAUGGCGAUGCGGUGGGCAGGCUUAGGGUUUUUGCCUCUGGUGAUCUCCAAAUCGACUGCGAGUGUACACCUGGAUGCCAAGAAGUGAAGUUGUCCCCAGCUGCUUUUGAGAAGCAUUCUGGGAGGGAGAGUGCAAGGAAAUGGAAGAGCAAUGUAUGGGUCAUAGUUGAAGGAGAGAAGGUUUCGCUGACAAAGACUCCCCUGCUUAAAUACUAUAAUCUAACAUCAAAAGCUACUAAUGGUUCUCACAAAGGUCCCAAUGGACGUCCAUGCCACCGUGAUGAGUUUAUCCGCUGUACCACAUGCAAGAAGGAGCGCAGAUUUCGCCUUCGUAACAAAGAAGAGUGCCGUGUUUACCAUGAGGCAUUAGUGGGUCAGAACUGGAGUUGCUCCGACUUCCCAACCGACAAGAUACGUUGCGAUGAUGAGGAGGAACGAGCAAGCCGCAAGGUCCUGAGAGGAUGCUCUCGAUCGCCUUCGUGCAAAGGUUGCACCAGUUGCGUCUGCUUUGGCUGUGAGAUCUGCCGCUUCACCGAAUGCAGCUGCCAGAUCUGCAUUGACUUCACCAGAAAUGCGCACACUUGAGAGAAGCCUUUCUUAACUUAGCUCUGAUUCUUUUCUGCGAGGAUUAAACGUCCCAUUCUUGAGCCUUCAUGGCUCCAUUCACAGAAAAUCAUCAUUGUUUCCUUUGCAAACUACAACUUUUAGUUGCACGGGAUUGAUUAUUUAUUUUUCCUCAUUUUAUGACCAUGUUAAAUCUGCCUGAGAACUCUGUCAACGUUUUAGAAUUGAAGUCUGAAAAAUUUGGAACUAGGAAGCUGUGAAUGGCAUUUAUUUA